GCCACCACCACCACUGUGUCGCCGGCGUGCGGACCACCGAUUUCGCCUGGCCCACCGCGCGCGGAUAUCAUAAACUAUCCGCCGCCGUAUAAGCCACGGCCCCCCCGCCCCGGCCGCCCUCCCGCCAUUAAAAGGCCCCCGCGCCAAGCUUCCUAGCUUCACAUCGCUUCCCGCCACAACGAAUUGCGCGCGUACAAGUGUCACGAGCUGUCACCCCCAGCAAAAACUAGCGCUUCUGGUGUCGAACACCUGUGCUUGGCUCGUGAUCGAGCGUCGUCGUCGUCGGCGGCGGCGGCGGUAGAGGGAGGGAGGAGAUGCAUUUCUUGAUCGUGUCGGGGGCGGCGCAGGGGCAGAUCACGCCGGCGAGGCGGCUGGCGCGCGCGCUGGUGGCGGCGGCGGAGCCUGGGGUGAUCAUCAGGGCCACGCUGGCCGUGCCGCUGUCGGCGCUGAGGAGGAUGUUCCCCGGGAAGGCGGCCGGCGCAGCCGCCGGUGAAGGGGCCGUGGUGCUGUCGGACGGGGCCGGCGUCGACUACGCCGCGUUCACCGACGGGUUCGACGACGGGUUCCAGCCCGAGCGGUGCGACGGCGCGGCGUUCGUCGGGAGGCUCCAGCUCGUCGGCCCGGCGUCGCUGGCCCGGCUGGCGGCGGCGCUGCGCGCGCGGGGGAGGCCCGUGACGUGCGUCGUGUACACCCUGCUCCUUCCGUUCGCCGCCGCCGUCGCCAGGGACCUCGACGUGCCGGCGUACUUCUUCUGGACCAUGCCGGCGGCCGUGCUUUCAGUCUACUACCAUUACUUCCACGGCCGCCAUGGCCUCGUCGACGCCGCCGCCGGAGUCCGGGACGACCCCAACCGCCGCGUCCAAGUCCCCGGCCUCGAGUUCCUCCGCGCCCGCGACCUCCCGUCGCUGCUCACCGGGUCAAGCCCCUACCUCCCGGCCUUCCGGGAGAUGUUCCACGUCGUCGAGGCCACCGCCGCCGCGUCGUGCCAUGCCCAUGGCCAGAGUGGCGCGAAGCCGUGGGUGCUUGUGAACACCUUCGACGCGCUCGAGCCGAAGGCGCUCGCGUCCGUCCCCGGCAUUGACCUCAUCCCGGUUGGACCCAUGGUCACCGACACGGAGGCCGACGGCGGCGGCGACCUCUUCGAGCAAGACGACGACGCAGGCUACAUGCAAUGGCUCGACAAGCAGCGGGACGCCUCCGUCGUGUACGUCGCGUUCGGCAGCCUCGCCGUGCUCUCGCCGAGGCAGCUGGAGGAGAUACGCCACUGCCUCGAGGUGACCGGACGGCCCUUCCUCUGGGUGGUCCGGCGCGACAGCCGCGACGGCGGCGGCGGCGGCGGCGCGGCCACCGGAUUAUUGCCGCCGGCAGGCGGGAUGGUGGUGGAGUGGUGCAGCCAGGCGCGCGUGCUGGCGCACCGGGCGGUGGGGUGCUUCGUCACCCACUGCGGGUGGAACUCGACGCUGGAGACCGUCGCGUGCGGCGUGCCAGCGGUAAUGGCGCCGCAGUGGUCCGACCAGGCGACGAACGCGCGCAUGGCCGAGGCGCGGUGGGGCGUCGGCGUGCGCGCGGAGACCGCGGCCGACGGCACCGUGCUCUCGUCGGAGCUCUCACGCGGCAUCGACGCCGUCAUGGGGGACAGCGACGGCGCCCGCGCGAUACGCCGGCGCGCAAGAACAUGGAAGGCGCGCGCCGCCAUGGCGCUGGACGCCGCCGCCGACGACGCCGAGUUUGACGGGGACGCCACGGCGGCGCGCAACCUGAGACGAUUUGUGCAGGGCGUACGUAGCAGAGAACGGGAGCGCGAGCAAAAGCAAGCAGGGCAGAGUUAAUUGGAGGGCAGCCUGGGUUUAAUUUCCCUGUACAAGGGUAGUUUGGGAAUUGACUAUGAUUUAAUGAUUUCUGGACAUUUAGAAUCCCCCUAUAUUGUGGUAUUGUGUUAUAAACAGAUAGAUGAAUGGAUAUACUUGGAUAGCUGUGUGCUGAUAUUUUUAAGAUGACUAGCAAAAUUCUCGUGCGUUGCAACGGAUAAAAAAAAAUCUAAUGACAAUAUACGCUUUUCAUGUAUAAUCAUGUCAAUGAUAAUAUUUUGUAUCGAUCGUUAUAUCUAAGGCUUCAUAAGAAAAAUUGGAACAUCUUCAAUUUAAUAAAUCAACCUCGGCGAUGACAAUCUUACCAAUGCUUGCUUUGCCCAAAAGAAUUAGAUUAUUCAUGUGGCAGCAUGCAUAUAAUCU